GAGAAAAAUCUUCCAAGUGUCCGAUGGCCCAAAGAUACGAUGACUUGGUACACUACGCUGGAAUGGACGGGGUCUCUCUGCCGGGGUUUGGGGACCCACACACGGGUAGGGGGCUUCAGCAUCACUCGUUGAGCCAGGGGUCCCCGUAUGGAUCCGCAGGAGUCAACCACCGGCCGGGGAUGCCCCCGAAUUUGGGCGGCAGCGACGCCUUGAAGAGGGAGAAAGAUGAGAUUUACGGGCACCCCUUGUUCCCUUUGCUGGCGCUCGUGUUUGAAAAAUGUGAAUUGGCCACCUGCUCUCCCAGGGACACGUCUGGCUCUUAUCCGGGAGGUGACGUCUGCUCAUCGGAUUCCUUCAAUGAAGACAUUGCUGUUUUUGCCAAACAGGUUAGGACAGAAAAACCUCUAUUUUCUUCCAAUCCUGAGCUGGAUAAUUUGAUGAUCCAAGCUAUCCAAGUUCUGCGGUUCCACCUUCUAGAAUUAGAAAAAGUACAUGAUCUCUGUGACAACUUCUGCCACCGCUACAUCACUUGCCUCAAGGGGAAGAUGCCCAUUGACCUAGUGAUAGAUGACAGAGACGGGGGCUCCAAAUCGGACCUUGAAGAUUUCGGUGGAUCUUGCGCCAGCCUCUCUGACCAGAACAACUCAUGGAUCCGAGACCAUGAUGAGACAGGAUCCACGCACUCAGGAACGCCAGGGCCCUCCAGUGGUGGGAUUGCAUCACAAAGUGGCGACAACUCCAGUGAACAAGGGGACUGUCUAGAUAACAGCGUGGCUUCCCCCAGCACGGGAGACGACGACGACUUGGACCGAGACAAAAAACGGAACAAGAAGCGAGGGAUCUUCCCCAAAGUGGCCACGAAUAUUAUGCGAGCGUGGCUGUUUCAACAUUUGUCGCAUCCUUAUCCCUCGGAAGAACAGAAGAAGCAGUUGGCUCAAGAUACGGGACUGACGAUUUUGCAAGUGAAUAACUGGUUUAUUAAUGCUAGGAGGCGUAUAGUUCAGCCCAUGAUUGACCAAUCAAAUCGUACAGUAGGUCAGGGAGCGCCAUAUAGCCCUGACGGGCAGCCAAUGGGAGGCUACGGUAUGGAUGGGCAACAGCACAUGACGAUCCGCCCCCCAGGACCAAUGGGAAUGGCGAUGGGAAUGGAGGGCCAAUGGCACUACAUGUAAGCCCUGACCUC